CAAACAUUCUCUUGUUCCUAUGGAUGAUGCCGCGUUUCUCAAUUGGCUAUUGACCAACCAGGUCGAAGAAAAUAUUCUUGCUGAGCACCUUGCUCCACCCUUCAACACUCCAGAACAUAUAGCCACGGCCUCAACACCAACAACGACAACGACAACGGAUGUCUCGACUGCCGAACUUUUCCAAUAUUAUCUAGGCGACGAGAUUGAACAAUACUGCUCAAACACACUCUCAUCCGCAUCUCCCAAUACAGUAAUCCAACAAACGCCAUCGCCAUCACCACCACAAUCACAACCCAUCGCACAUUUCCAGGAAAACAAGCCACCGAUUAUCUUUGAACACACUGUUGUUGCUGAUACCAGCAAUACUCAUCAUCCUCCCUCCUUCCCCUCUCAAAAAAGUGUAUCAGGUUCACCUAAACAAGGUCCAUUUAUAGGUCGAAUGAACUUUAGAAGUUCUUCUGACGACGAAGCUGAAGUCAAUAAAGCCACAAAUCCAAAAGAAAGACGUCAGUUACGCAACAAAAUAUCAGCUCGAAAGUUUAGAGAUAGACGCAAAGACUACAUUGCUUCUCUCGAAAAGGAGAUCGAACAAUACAAGCAAGAAACCAGAAGUUUGAAAUUGGAUGUAAACUGGGCAAACUCAACUAUGGCCAAACUGCAGAAAGAGAACGAUGAACUCCGUAUGAAACUCAUGCUCUACGAGAAAGGUAUCAUGCCAAUACCAGCAAUCGAAAGUACGAACAAUAGUUUGUUGGACUCCUCUAUUUUCCUGCCUCUCCAGCCCUCGAACCCCCUCCUUGGUUCAUUCUCUUCAUCUUCGUCUUCCUCGUCUUCUUCUCAGUCUCCUCCAUUGAUCUGGCAAUCUGACGUCGACACUAUGCUUUCGCAUGCUCUAUUCCCUACUUGGGAUAUGUCCCGAGUUAUCGCCGACAAGCAAGCAGCGUCUGGAAACCAACCUUCCCAGGCCGGAAGUAUCUUACAGCGUUAUCCACUCCUUGGUCCGGCCUUGAUGUCUAUUGUGAUCGAUCAUUCCUUGAACAUGAACACCGAAGAUAUCCUGGCCAUGCCCCAAGGUACUGCCGAAUAUCCUCCUUCACUUAAAUGGACCAAGGCUUCUUCGCCCAAAGAGAUCGAGUCCCUUUGGAACAUGCUCCAACCUCCUCGUAGCGGGGCUGAUAAAGAAGAAGAUAGCAAGACAGCCGUAGAUGAUGAGAAUGAAUCUUUGCUGAGUGAGACCGAGACCGAGACCGGUGCUGAGACUGCACCAGAUAAUGUUGCAAUUAAAAAGGAAGCCAUCAAAUCAGAAUCAAAAGAUAAAGAAGAUGAAGAUGAAGAUGAAAUUGAAGAAGAUUUGGAAAGAGCAAACCUGUUUGGUUAUACCCCUUACUACUACUGCCCUAUUGCUUGGUUCCAGCGUAAUAUCACCUGGUUGAUCUGUAAACGUCUUCACGAAAAGUUCCAGAGAUGCAGUGCAGAGACCCGGUUCCGCUGUAACUCGAAUUACAAAAGCUGUUUCCGGAAGCAAGACUAAGCAAAGACUGGAAAAUAACAUUAUGCAUAUCGCUACCUCCACCACUCUCAUAUAACUUUCAUCUAAACCUUCAUUUUAACUUUCUCUUUCUCCCUCCCUACUAUCCCUCUUUCCGUAUUUCUUUCUUCCUUUGAUUUCAAAUUACUUUAAAUUCGAGUAUUGGGCGCAUUCAUCAUAACUAACCAAAAACAAUAAAUAAAUAAAUAAAUAAAUAAAUAUAAAUAUAAAUAUAAAUAUAAAUUAUUAUUAUUUUU